AUGUCACGUUCAUGUAGCUCUCCACCUGAAACUCAAGACCGUGCCUAUGACAGUGAUCAGUGUACAACUCAAGUUACACCAUUAAACAUGUUAAAUGCAGAAACUCCUCCAUUCAUUUCAAGACAAGGAAAUAUGUGUGAAGAAUUCUCUAAAUUCAUGGUAAAGAAGGACAUGCUUUUGAAAAGGAUUCAUGAAUUUGAUGACAGACCAGAGUUCUUUGGCUCAUGGAAAAGCACCUUUGUGAAUGUAGUACAAGAACUGAAUCUUAGUCCCGCAGAAGAGGUUGACUUACUUAUACAGUAUUUAGGACCCAAGUCAAAGAAAUCAGCUAUGAGUAUCCGGUCAGCCAACUACAGUGAUUCUUCUCGAGCAAGAGACAGGAUCUGGCAGAGAUUGAUUGAACGUUACGCAAAACCAGAAUUGGUCGAAUCCUCUAUCAAACAGAAACUUAUGUCUUUACCAAAAAUCGCAAGCAAGGAAGUGAAAAAACUAUAUGAACUUGUGGACAUUGUGGUGGAAAUUGAAUCUUUAAAGAAAGAUGAACAGUAUUGUAGUCUCUUUGCUUCAUAUGACUCUUCAGCUGGAGUUAAUUUAAUUGUCAAUAAACUUCCUUAUCAGUUACAGGAAAAGUGGACCAAUGAGGCAAGCAGAUACAAAGAGCAACACGACCUGGCCUUUCCACCAUUCCACAUAUUUGCACACUUUCUGGAAAAGAUGGCAAGAGUGAAAAAUGACCCAUCCUUUGUUUACGAAGAUACAAGACCAUGUAAACUGAAACCUCAAACUUCAUCUCAUUCUGUUUUUGUCAAAAAGGUGGAUGUGCCAGUCACGAACUCUGUGUCAGAAACCAAGACAUCGGCUUUGACUAUAUGUCCCUUGCAUAAAACGAACCACAGUUUAAAUAAGUGUCACCAGUUUCGUGAGAAAUCGUUACAGGAUCGACUAGAGUUCUUAAGAAGUAAAGGACUUUGUUUUAAGUGCUGUGGUCAGAGGAGUCACCUAGCUAAGGACUGUCGCUCAAAUAUGAUGUGUAGUGUGUGUAAAGCAACCAAUCACCCAACGGCUUUGCAUAUACACAUACCUACUCACAGUGAUCAAGACUGUAACAAGAACUAUCUUGCUAAGACUACCACAGAAGAAGUGACAUCAGCUUGCUCCAUGGUUUGUGGAAGAGCAGGUGCAAGGAAGUCUUGUGCUAAGACAGUAUUAGUGAAAGUAUAUCCCAGAGGAUGUCCAGAGAAAGCUGUUCUUAUAUAUGCAAUUGUGGAUGAACAGAGCAACCGCUCUCUAGCAAGGUCAGCAUUCUUUGACCUCUUUGCUAUCUCAGGACCCGAGAUACCAUACUCAGUAUCAUCUUGCAAUGGGAACACGACGGAGUUUGGUAGACGAUGUUCAGACUUUACCAUAGAAUCUUUUGAUUCAAGCUUUAAGAUGGAUCUGCCCAUGCUCAUAGAGUGUGACCAAAUACCGAACAUUCGGGAUGAGAUACCAUCUCCUUUAGUGGCAGAACAAUUUAGUCAUUUGAAGGACAUUGCUAAGUUCAUCCCUCCUAUCCAGGAAAAUGCUGAGAUAUUACUACUCAUUGGAAGGGAUUUACUACCGGCUCAUCAUGUCUUAGAACAAUGUUUAGGACCUAUACAUGCGCCAUUCGCACAAAGGUUACGGUUGGGCUGGGUCAUCGUUGGAAAUGUGUGUCUCGGCACAGCUCAUCAGCAAGAUUCUAUCUCAGUUAUGAAGACCUUCACCUUGAAGGAUGGUAGAACUACUGUUCUUGAGCCAUGCUAUAACAACAUUCAUGUUGAGGAUAGUUGUGUUUUCUCAAGGACAAAAGAGGAUAAUAUUCCUGGACUUUCAAUAGAAGAUAAAGACUUUUUGAAUCUCAUGGAAACAGAAAUGUACAAAAGUCCUCAUGGAUCUUGGACAGCUCCCCUUCCUUUCCGAAGGAAUCGUCAGCAUCUACCAAAUAAUAAGCCUCAGGCCCAUAGAAGAGCCCAUUCACUGGACAUGAAUUUAAGAAAAAAUCCAGAAAAGAUGGAACAUGUUAUUGGUUUUAUGAAGAAAAUAUUAAGAAACGGACAUGCCGAACCAGCUCAAGAACUGGACUUAAAUACUGAAUGCUGGUACCUGCCAUUAUUCGCUAUGUAUCACCCUAAGAAGCCAGGAAGUGUGCGUUGUGUCUUUCACUCUUCAGCUAAAUAUGAAGGGAUCAGUCUAAACGAUGUGUUACUUACAGGACCAGAUCUUGUGAACUCACUCUUAGGCAUAUUACUAAGAUUCCGGCAACAUCCUGUUGCAAUAACUGCAGAUAUAGAACAAAUGUUCUAUCGCUUCUCUGUUCCGGAAAAACACAGGGAUUAUUUAAGAUUUAUGCGGUAUAAAGACAAUGACCCAAGCCAAGACAUGAUUGAAUACAGAAUGACCAGACAUGUGUUCGGAAACAGCCCGUCGCCUGCUGUGGCAACCUGUGGACUGAGAAAAUGUGUAAUUGAUGCAGAAGAAGAUGUGAAGGGCUUUGUUUGCCGAAAUUUUUAUGUGGACGACGGUUUAAUGUCGUUUGACGGCAGUGUCGAAGCUGUGAACUUAUUGUCCCGCACUCAGACAAUGCUCAAGAAAGAGGGAAAUAUUCGUUUACACAAAAUUACUUCAAACAGUCUAGAUGUGAUCAAAGCCUUCCCUCAAGAAGAUCUUGCCAAAGAAGUCACAGGCAUUAAACUAGAUUUAAGUGAAGCACCACUUCAGAGAAAAUUGGGGGUCAGCUGGGAUAUUUCCACAGACUCAUUUACAUUUCAAGUGACUUCUACCCAUAGGCCAUUCACCAAAAGAGGCGUUCUCGCAACUAUUAACGGUUUAUAUGAUCCGAUUGGAAUUGUGGCGCCAGUUACUAUUCGUGGCAAACUUAUCAUGCAGGAUGUUAUGUCAUCUGUAACAGAUUGGGACGAACCUAUUCCACAUGCAUUCCAAGCAAAGUGGCACAACUGGGUGAAAUCCCUUGUUGACUUACAGUCCAUCCUCAUACAUGUACCUAGAUGUUAUGUCAACUUGUCUUCAUCUGAAGUAGAACGGAGGAAACUUCAUGUCUUUUCUGAUGCUUCACAGAGGGCGAUCAGUGCCGUAGCUUAUUUGAAGAUAUGUGACGUCAGUGGAGGUCAUCAUGUCAGCUUCGUUCACGGAAAGGCAAGAGUGGCUCCCUCACAGGGCCACACAAUUCCUAGGCUAGAGUUGUGUGCGGCCGUACUUGCCACAAGGCUCAAAGACACCAUAACACAACACUUGACUGUACCCAUUGACUCUAUUACGAUGUAUACAGACAGCAGAGUUGUACUCGGGUAUAUAAACAAUGAACAUAGACGCUUUUAUGUGUAUGUUGGAAACCGUAUAGACAUGAUUCGUCAUUCUACAACAUCAGACCAGUGGACGUUUGUGUCAUCUGAGGACAACCCUGCUGAUAUAGGUACGAGAUCUAUUCCUGCUAAUGAAAUUGAACAAAGUGCAUGGAUUCAAGGACCUUCAAUUUUAAGGAGUGAACAUCCACUAGAACACAGAAAAACGUCAUAUGAGCUGAUAGACCCAGAAGAAGAUAAAGAAGUCAGACCUGUUGUUAUAGUUACGAAGAAAAGUUCUGCUAUACAAGAGACAGUUUUAGGUAUUCAUCGAUUUGAAAGAUUUUCCACUUGGCGGAGCCUUGUACGAGCUAAAGCUAGGAUCAAAUGUGUAGCCAAAUCAUACAGAAAUCUUUAG